GUCUGAUAUCUCUGGUCUGAUAUAUUGCUGUUAUACAAAGAAGAUACUGGAUGUAAUGCUACAUUAAUGAAUCUUCACUCUGAGUGUAACAGUGCUGUUUGCACUGGUGUAUCAUGAUUUUAUGAAGAUGGCUGCCAGUCACAUGGAGGGAACCGGAAUUGCUUUUCUUGAGUUUUCUAAGGCUUACGAAGGUAAUAGCGAAGUUGCAGCCUAUUCUGACAGUAUAACAGAUGAGUAUAUAGGCUGUUAUAAAGUUGGGAAAAGGACAAUUUCUGAAGAUUGCCAUUUCAGUGGUCAUUUUUGCGUGAAACAAAUUAUACAAGCAAUAGGCAUGAUAAUUUUGUGGAUGGUGUCACUGUGGUUGCCGCCAUGUUUUGUAGUUCGAUUUGCUCAAUUGAAGGAUCUUUCAAAGGAUGCUGUAUUAAUAAUGCCAAUUAAUGUAAAACAGCAAUUUUGGUGGUGCAUUAUUGGAAAGCCCCCUGAGCUAACUGCACAAGAUUUUUGACUGGAAAUAUGUCCAUCAGAAAUGACAAGUUUUGUGUAAGUUGCUAUCAAAUUCUGCUAAAUAAUGCAUGCCUGUAAGUAUAAUACUGUACUGCUGAAAAGUUGUCAAAGGAUUGUCUUCCAUAACUUCCUACAUCUUAUAUUUAAACUUUGCUACAAGACAGAAAGAGAGAAUGAGAGGCUGAGAGAGCGAGAAGUAAGAUAUCGAUCCGGAGAGAUUUAAAUUUGUCAUUGUGUCAUGAGAAAUAAAUUUAAAGAACUAAAAUAGGAGUGAAGUCUCAGUAAUGAAUAAUGAUUAGCCUA